GGAUGAGCACGAGCAAACGAUGCUUGUACACGGUCAUCUGUGGGCCACAUGGUUCGACGAAUAUAUGGUUUGGAACCCAAAGGAUUAUAACGACACCGCAAAAAUCAACAUAGAUUCUUGGAGGGUUUGGCAACCAGCUUUGGCGCUCUACAACAGUGCUCGUGGCAACUCCUGGCAUCUGUACAUGCACGGCCUUCCUGCACUAGUCACAAGUUCUGGCAGAGUUUGGGCUAGUGGAUCGUUCUCUUUCCACGUCACCUGCAGGUUCGACUUCUCAGACUGGCCUUACGAUGAGCAGGAAUGUCCAAUCGUGAUAGCGGACUGGGUGUACGACUUGUCUCGAGUGAAUCUAUCGGAUCCACAAGGGGAUGCACCAUGGAACAAGCCAAGCAUUCGUUUGAACUAUGACCCGAUACGCCAGGAUGAGAAGAAGCAUGUGGCUGGAUGGGAAGUCAUGGAUACGUGGAGGCGUCAUUGCUACUGGGGACCAAGUGGUUGUAGGGAAGAGAUUCCUGAGGGCCAGCCUGAAUGGUACUGGUCACUGCUGGAGUUUGGAGUGAAGUUGAAACGACAUGCUCCCUAUUUUGGUCUGACUAUCUUUAUGCCAACGAUCAUAACCUGCUUACUGACGUUGUGCUCAUUCUGGAUUGAUACACCAGCUAUGGCUAUUGCUCUUCUCAUUUUCAACGUGCUUCUCCAAGGCCUAUUUGGCUGGGAUCUCAUACGAGAGCUUCCUCCUGGCAGCGGGAGCGUCCCAAAAAUAGUUUCCCUGUAUGGAUUCAACCUUUCCAUGACCACAAUAGCGUUCAUGAUCAACGUAUUGGCACAGUUCUUUGAGUCUGUUCUGCCUGAUGACCUGGAACUUCCUGAGAAGGUCACUACGUUGCCGGAGAAGUUGCGUCUUGGACAGCUCUUCCAAGUGAAAGGACUGUCAUUUGAUCCACAAUUGCUGCUCAAUUAUAAUCCCGAAGAUGAAGAGGAUCCAAGUGAGUUCAACUCUCCUCUUUGUUCCAUUGAACCUACAAAUGCCUUGGAAGAAGAGGAGCACAAAGCGGAGGAGAAACGUGAGGGGGACCACGAAACUCUUAUACCCAUGGAGAGCGCAAGCCCAUCGACUGUGAUCUCUCUGUCACCGGUGCCACCAAACACUCAGCCACCACCAGCCCCCGCAGACGACGAGGCUGUCAUCACCAAGACUUCACAGUCCAUCUAUGUUGUGCGAAGACUAUUCUUUUGCCUUUUCUUUUUUAUGUACUUGAUUGCGGUGCCUGUUUGCCUUAUCUAAUUCAAUCUAAUAAAUCAGUG